AUGACCAGGGAUCACAAUGUAAAAUCUGUUUGUUUUCAAACCCCAGAUUCUCCUCCGAGCCCCACAAUUGAGAUCUCAGGUGAUGUGAAGGAGAACGUGUCUGUCACUAUAAACUGCUCCGCUGCAACUCCCUGUCCACACGACCCUCCUCAACUCACCUGGACUCUCCAACAAAACCCCGACAACAUAAUAAAGGAAAACGCAGAUCGGACCUUCACAACUGAAAUCCAGAAGACCUUCAUUCUGUCAGACCAACAUGAUGGAUUGAACAUCACCUGCUCUGCCAGUUAUCCUGUGAAUGAAGGGACAGAUCACAAGACAGCAGAGGAGACAAAGACUCUCAAUGUUUCAUAUGCUCCCAAGAACACCUCAACGUCCAUCAGUCCAUCCUCAGGUUGGGCAGCAGACAGCAGGGUGAACCUGAGCUGCUCCAGCACAGCCAACCCUCCCGUCAGCAGCUUCACCUGGUUCAAGAAGAGCAACGAUGGAGCCGUCAGAGUGUCUGAAGGAAGAUGUUACAGCUUCAAUGUGACAGGUGGAGGGGUUUAUUACUGUGUGGCCACAAAUGGUCUCGGUAAUCAAACCUCUUCAGACAUCCAGCUCACUAUAGAAGAACCAUCUUAUACAUCUUCACGAGAUCUUCUAGCAGUGAUCAUCAUUGCGAUCAUCGUGCUCAUCUCCCUGCUUGUCUGUGUUUGCACUCUCGUGUGUUGGAGAUGGUUUAAGUCGACACGUUCAACUCAACAACCGACUCAGAGUCAAACAGCUGAAGAGCUGGCUGUUAAAGAGCCAGCACCAAAAACAGAAGAAGACAUCCAUUACGGAGAGAUCGACUUCUCCAAGCGGAGACCUGAACAGCCCUCAGAGCAAGACGGUGCACUGCAGCAGGAAACUCUGUACGCACAGGUCAAAGUGCCCGAGACAGCAAACCGCUCAACACCGACUGAUGACGAGGCGCUCUACGCCCAAGUGAAGAGGAAAUGAGGGUUGUUUGUGUCAAGACGCAGACAAAAUUUGAAUAGAAUUCUUAUAUGUACCUUUAUGUUUAUUACAUAUAUAUCUAAAUUAUAUUACUGUACCGUAUGUUUUUAUGUUUGUAGAAAAAGACACCUGGACAUGAAAAAGUCAUUUUCACUGCUUACAGUUCAAUAAAGGGAAACUCCAAA